GCGUGUGUGUGACUUUGGUAGAGGUAGUUUUUGAACUAAAACUUCACUGUUGACCGAGGAGAAUUUAUAUGCAAAGCAUAUAGUAAUGAUUUACCACUGCUGUUUUAACCGUGGUUUUGUACGAAACCAUUCGUUUGGGUCAUGUGCCGGUUGAGCAGUGUUUAGCCACAAAGUAAGUUAGCUUAGCUAGGUAAAGUUAGCUAGCUAUCGGAGAUUCGAGGUCGUUUGCGAUAUGCAUAACGUUGACAUGUGGUGUUACUAUGUGGCCGUUGUAUAAGCUAUAUUUGCAACUUCUCAUCCUAGCUUACUUUCAACAGGAAACAGUCAACCGAGAAGUGAACGUGCAGAUAUCUUAUAGUUAUAGCUAAUUGAAAUAGCUAUAAGUGUGCAGUAGUACAGAAUGCUGCUCUCCCUGGUUGUGCACACAUACUCGUUGCGGUACUGGUUUCCUGCAGUGGUAAUGCUAGGCACAGCUCCGGCUUAUGUGCUGUCAUGGGGUGCAUGUCGUGUGCUUACCGCUGUCUUACCAUCAAGACUAUAUCGCAGGAUGGACGACCACCUCUAUAACAUCUACCAGAGCCUCGUCCUAUUUUUCUUCGAAAACUAUACCGGGGUGGAGAUUGUUAUUUAUGGAGACGUGCCAAAGAUUAAAGAGAAUGUAGUCUACCUUUCCAACCAUCAAUGCACAGCGGACUGGAUCAUUGCUGACAUGUUAGCCAUUAGGCAGGAAGCACUUGGACAUGUGAGAUACGUCCUAAAAGAUGGGCUGAAAUGGCUCCCAUUAUACGGAUGGUAUUUCUCUCAGCAUGGCAGUGUCUACGUGAAGCGAAGCGCAAAGUUUGACGAGAAGGCAAUGAAAAAGAAGCUCUCUUCACAAACAGUGUUGGGAACACCAAUGUAUCUUGUCAUCUUCCCAGAAGGAACCCGAUACAACCCUGAACUCAAGAAGAUGAUCAGCGACAGUCAGGCUUUUGCCACUAAAGAAGGGCUGGCUGCCUUAGACCAUGUUCUGACCCCAAGAAUGAAAGCCUCUCACAUUGCCAUAGAGACCAUGAGGGAUCACCUGGAUGCUGUUUAUGAUAUCACUGUUGUGUAUGAGGCAACACUGGGCAAAAGCAGUGAUAGACAACCUGCCCCAACCAUGCCAGAAUUCCUGUGUAAGGAAUCUCCAAGAGUUCACAUCCACUUUGAACGUGUGGACAUGAAGGAAAUUCCUCCGGAGUCCGUGAUUUUCCGUGAUUGGCUGCACAAGCGAUUUGAGAUCAAGGACCAGAUGUUGACUACUUUCUAUGAGUCUGAGGAUCCAGACAAAAAAGGCAAAUUCCCUGGAGAAGGUCAAAGGUCCCAUCUGAGUAUUAUGAAGACAUUGCCAUCGCUGCUAUUUUUGGGGGGGCUAACACUGCCAAUGCUGUUGACGGAGUCUGGCAGGAAACUCUAUGUCCGAACCUGGGUGUAUGGGACUCUGUUGGGAUGGCUCUGGGUGAAUGUUAGUCCAUAGGAAGCUUGUGGUGGUCAUCAUGCCAUCUGCUAUGGGUAUGGAAAGACCUUGCCCUUUCACUCACGCAUCAAGCAGGGGAGUGUGUUUUUUCAAACAAAGCACUUGUUGCUGUUAAGGUUUAUGGGCUUCUACAAUUCUGUCCAAAUGUAUGGCUCAUUUCCUAACUAAACAGCUGUGAGAGAUUGGGAGAGAGAAGCAGUUUUGUUUCUUGUGCUGCUUGUUCCUUGCUCUAUUGUUGUGUGCAUCAGAACUUGCAGCCAGAUAAGGUGAGAAAAAUAUAAAUGGGGGAUGUUGAAAUGGAGGCAUAUUUCUUUCUUGAAUUUCUCCCUUUAUCUCAGCCAUAAAAUAUGACUCAAUAGAUUUCUUCCCUAAACCCUUUAGGCCUGUUACAUAAUAAAUGUAGCCAAUUCUGUACUUUUGCAUGUCCCGUGUCCAGCAUCCCUUUUCAACAUGAUGUAAUCUUCCAUUAGUUGACUAGAGUUAGAGUUCAGCUCUCUGUUUGAGAUGUUAUGCUGCGCUCAUGUGCUCUUGGAAUUAUUGACAUCUCGGGACAGAAACUCCCCAAAAGCUCCCAGAAUGUUCAGAACUGAGUUUACAACAUCCAAAAACGUUCUUUGAGUUUCUAAAUAGGAGUGGAGAGUUCACAUGUAAAAAUAACAUGUAUCAUACUCUGAGUCUGAACUUCCCAGUAAGAUAGCUUAGAGUUUACUAUUAGAGAGCAGAUUUAAUAUUCAGUACUCACUACAAAGUACUCAUUACAAAAGAGUGAUUAGUGUUUAUCCAAUUGAUUGAUAUGUUCAUGAGGGUGAUGUAGGGUUUAGGUCUUUAGUGAUGGUUACUUAGCCAUACAUGUUUAAUGUUCUCUUUUUUUAAUGCCAAGUUCCAAGGUGUCUGCUGAUUUUGUUUUGCUUGUUUGAGUUGUUGCAAAAGUUCUACAAAUUGUUGCCAAACUUGAUACAAGUGCAGGGGUAUGGAAUAGGUAUUUUAGGUGGAGCAACACAUCUGUAAUCGGGUCAAUGUCCUGUCUGCUCUACCUGAAGAACCAAUAUUCUAUUGUCUUUUGUAGUUGAUCUAAAGAUUGCAAGUGUACUACAUUUUCAUUAGAUUUUCUAAAACAAAUUCUGUUGGGACAGCUUGUUAUUCAGAGGAAUUUUUGUGUACACUGCCUUUAUGCCAUGUUAUAGAUUACACAAGGGGUAUGGAUAGCUACGUAUUGAGAAGGCCAACUGUAGAGUAUCCCUAAUAUAGAAUUAAUAUUUCUUUGUAUACAAAGCCAACUGUAUAAUAUGCAUCACUAUAACAAAAAAAAUACUAUGUCCAUUGUUUUUCAUAAUAUAAACAUUACUUUUUCCACUGUCACUUUACAUGACGCUAUUCUUAGCUUAUUUAUUUAUUAAAGGGCUCUUCCGAUAAGAAUUUAAUUAGGCAGUGAUAUUAGCAACUGCCACGCCAAGGCCUCACUUACUUAUCCUAUCCUUCCUUUAAUAACAAUGUAACGACAAAACUGUUAAAACGUUACUUCAUUCAAUUUGUUUAAUUCCGUCAAUUUGAUUUAAAAAAGCAAACAAGCUGAUUGUAAAUAAUAAAACAAUUAUUGUAGAAACUAUUGUGCCAAUUGUACACAGAAAUGUAUGCCUUCUGUAGGAGUUAGUCAGUCCUUGGCUUCGCUUCUACUGAGGACUGCAAGUAAUGACUGCACUGGGACUCCCUCUACUGGACAGCACUUGAACUGUUCUGCACACCACAGUUUAUUGGUCUGUCUUCAGUUUUUUAUUUUAUUUAAUCUUUAUUUAGCUAGGCAAGUCAGUUAAGAACUAAUUCUUAUUUACAUUG